CCCCCCCCACCGCUCGAGAUUUCCCAUGCGGACGGCUGCCCAGUCCUGGGGUUGAGACCUGUCCGUUCUUCUGGCCCCCUGUCAAGACCUUAGGCUUCCAUCUUUUCACGCUCCACCCGCGCUGCUGCGCUUGCUCCCGUUUCCUUCUUCGAGUCUCCUCUGCCCGCUUCCCCAAACUCUUGCAGCUCCGGACAGCCAACCGCCCUCCUCGACCGCUUCCGCCUGGGCACGUCUCUUGGUGGAGAAAGCCUUCUCGUCCCAAGCCCUCAUCUGCCUGGAGGAGAGUCGGGCUUGGUACACGGUAUCAUCUUUUGGCGAUGGAAGGGAGCGCGAGGUCGCCCGGGCCCGGGCCCCAGGCUCAGGCGCAACCGUUACUACCACAGACGCAGCAGGAACAGCGAUAUGCCCAGUCGCCGCCGCCACAGCAGCCCGACUACAGCACCUUGGAGGUCGCGCCGGACACGCAUGCCAGCUCCGCCCCGCAGGUCUACUACGAGUCGGCCCCCGAGCCCGCCGGCUUCUACGCGCUCAACAAGGCGCCGUAUGGCCUGUCUUCGGAUCAGUCCCCCACCGUCGUCGGCCAGGCAUCUCCCAAUCCGAACGCCAAGUCCGCCGACGGCGGCCUGUAUCCAGUACAGGCCGAACAUGAUAUUGGCACGCCCGCGGACGAGCCCAAGAAGACGGUCACGAUGAGCAGGAAGAAGAUGUGGAUAAUAGGGGCUGUCGUGCUCUUCUUGAUCAUCGCCGCCGCCGUCGGUGGUGGUGUAGGGGGCACCCUUGCGGCUCGCAACAGCAGCAACAGCGGCAACAGCACCGGCGGUGGCGACAGCGGCGGCAACGGAGGAGGCGGCGGAGGAGGCGGCGGAGGAUCCUCGCCGCAGCCCAACACCAACACCACGGGCAUCGCCCUCGGCUCGCCGGCGAUGGCGGCCGUCAACUACACGGUAGGCACGACGGACUACCGUAUGGUGUUCUGGCAGCCCCGGAACGACAGCAGCAACCUCGUGUACUCGCUAUGGGACUCGUCUGCGCAGACGGACGGCUGGAAGGUCAUCAGCGUCAACUCCAAGCUGGCCGACUCCAAGGCCGUCGAGGCCCUGCCGGGGACGCCCAUCGCCGCCGCCGUGCGGCCCAGGCUAGGGCAGAACCAGCGCCACGCCGUCUCCGUCUUCUUCCUGUCCGCCUCCAACGUGAUCCAGGAGCUGCGCACUACGGACCCCCGCGGCGCCAGCUGGUCAAAGGUCACGCACCCCGUCACGGCGGCCAGGGCGUCCCAGCUGGCGGCGCAAUGGGACGUGUGCGAGACGAGCGCGUGCUCCGGCCUCGUCGCGCUCAACUACGAGACGGAGGAUCACAAGAGCGCGUGGCUGUGGCCCGGCCUGACCGACAGCUCCAGCCAGGCCGUCAAGAACGCCACCACCAGGAUCGUGGUCGACAUCAUCCCCGGCUCCGGCAUCGCCCUCACGUCGGCCAUGGAUAACAACCCCAACAACACGGCGCAACAAAACAUCAAGCUUUAUUAUCAAGAUUCGGUGUCGCAGAACCUAACGGAGGUUUCGAGGGAGUGGACAUCCUAUUAUACCAUUACCCAAACAAAACUGGUCACCAACAUGCCGGUGGACAAGCCGGUGCAGCUAUACGCCACGUCGUUUUACAAGAACUCGGCCGCACGCUUCCUCUUCGUCCUGCUCCGCGCCGCCGACGGCACCGUGCAGGCCAUGCACUGGAACAGCAACACGUGGCGGCUGCCCAUCGAGCCCGUGUUCCGCAACACGCCCGCCGACGUUGGCAAGAGCUUCGCCGCCGUCUCGGUCUCAAACGACCUCAAGAUCUACGCACUCGCCCGCGACGGCAACUCGUUCCACACCUUCAACGCGGACAAGAACGAUCCCGUGACGUGGACCUACGACACCGCCGUGAAGCUCGAGUAGUCUACCAUGUUGCGUUGGGGAAGGCGCUUGAGGAGAGAGCAGGAACGGGACAAAAAAUAGUUCGUAAUUACAGGACAGGGCAUAUGACGACGGCUUCUUUUUAGCGUUUGUUUGUUUACAGCAGCGGGGUUUUAUUGCCUACACUUGUUUACCCAUCUUCCACUUCAUUUUAACGCUGUACAUAUCAUCCUUCGAUACCCCCACCCAACCCCAUUGAGCAAGGAACGCCUGCGUUUCCUCGGGCCUCCCGCUGCGUCUUUUAUAGUAACAUUUUAAGACAGUGCUAUCUUGUUGAUGUCAAGCAUUCGUGUUAUGGGGCCGAAGUCGUG